AGCAUUCCUCACAAACACAGAGAGAGCAAAUACAUUACACAGAGAGGGGAGCAGAGAACAGAGCAGCUCUCUCUCUCUCUCUCUCUCUAAAGACCCAGUUUAGUGAGAGAAAGCCAUUGCCUUUUAGAGAGAGAAGGAAGGUACAAUAGCCACCUUAGCGCUGCGAUGGGCUCGCUGGGCGUCGGCGGUGGCAGGAGGUUCGCGGUGCUGCUCUGUGCGGAGGACUCUGAGUACGUGAGGGAGAGGUACGGCGGCUAUCUCGGCGUUUUCAAGGCAAUGCUGGCCGACGAAGUUGACGCCGGCGAGUCUUGGGACCUCUUCAGGGCGGUCGCCGGCGAGCUACCCGGCGAAGCCGAGGCCGAGCUCUACGACGGCUUCGUCAUCACCGGGAGCUGCAGUGACGCGUACGGCGAUGAUGUCUGGAUCCGGGAGCUCCUGAGCUUCGUGAAGAAGAUCGAUUCCAUGAAGAAGAAGAUCCUCGGCGUUUGCUUCGGGCACCAGAUAAUAAGCCGAGCUAUAGGAGGGAAGGUCGGCCGUGCCAAGUCGUGGGACAUUGGGCUGAGAAAAAUUCAACUCUCGUUGACCUCAAAGCCCUUCUCGAGCUUGAACUUGCCCACUAUGCUCUCUAUAAUCGAGUGCCAUCGGGAUGAGGUGAAGGAACUUCCCCCCAAGGCCGAGGUGAUUGCUCGCUCAAGUAAGACGAGGAUCGAAAUGUUCAGAUAUGGAAAUCACAUCAUGGGCAUUCAGGGUCACCCCGAGUACACUGAAGACAUCCUUUUGCACCUCAUCGAUCGCCUUCUCCAACGGAAUUUUAUCACGAAAUCUUAUGCUGAAGAACUGAAGGUCAACGUCGAUGUUUGUGAGCCAGACAGAGAGGCUUGGAAAAGACUCUGCAUCAGCUUUCUUAAGGGUGGAUUAUGAUCAUAAAUUCAUAAUUAGUCGUAUAAACCGUAAACCGAAAAAGAAAGAAUUGUAAAUAUGGAGUCCUGAGAUGAAAGUAAAAGAAUGGAGGAGUAUAUAAGAAGACUGCAAGUUAGAUGCCACCGUAGAGACCAGGUAAAUCGGGUCCAUCAAGCGGCUGGCUAGAUCGGUUAGAUCGAUAUGUUGGUUCCUCUUAAUUGAUAAUUUCUUAAUAUUCAGUACUUGGCAUGUAAUUUCUCCCCUUGUAUAUGGUACUAUUAUCCAUAAAAUCUUCCGUUGCCCCUUGUGUAUUAUGAUUA